UUUAGACACAUGAGCUGUAAAUGUCAAAUGCUCUAAUAAAACAAUGCAUAUAACAAAAAUAAUGGGUUAAACACAUUUGAUUUUAUCAAAAUUUUAUUUUUUACACAAAUGUCCUAAAAUUGUUCAAUACAUAAAAUGCAAAUUAAUUGCAAUUAAAAUGCACUGGAUACAUCAUUGCGGUUGGACACUGAUGUAAUCGAAAUUGUUUUGGCGAUUGCCCUUCAGCAGUGACUUGCACACCAAUCGAAACCGGUAAUGACUCACAUCUUUGGCCCUACAAUAAAAAGAAUUUGUACCAGAUAUAGGAAAUUUUUCAUCUCGAGGCACAAUUCCACAUAUUGUGUUUCUGUUAGUAGUUAUGCAAAGAAUUUUAAAUCGGCUCAUAUAAGAAGAAAUUUUGCAACAAAACUAUUGGAAAGUAAUCGAGCAUUAAUAAAAGCAGACUGCCUCUUCAAAAAUGAACAUCCAGGUUGUAGAGACAAUAGGUUUGCCAUUGUCAGACAAUAUUCUGAAGGUGAAUUUGAUGUGCCAGAACUUAAGGGGAAGGCAUUUUUUAAGUACCUACAAGAAAGGAAACAUUUAUUCGCCUUUUUCUACGAUCCAUUUUGCCCACACUGUAGGAAGGCGAAACCGGAAUUUUUAAAAGUGGCACAACAGAUUGAUGUGCCAUGUGCAAAAGUUGAUUGCACUGAAAAUGAAUGGUUGUGCAAGACUUUAAAAAUUGAAUCUUUACCGACGUUUAGAUAUUUUACAACCGAUAAUACGAAAGUAUCCUGGGCAACAUUUUCUGGGGAUCGAGUGAGCAAUAAUCUUAUAAACUUUGUCAAUGAGGAAUUAAAAUCAGGCGGAAAUGUAUCCAAGUUUGAAGGUUUAACAAAACGUUACUACAGCACUGUCUCUAGUUAUGCAAAUGAGAAUCUGUUAAACAUCACAUCAGAGAAUUUAAACCAACAAUUGGAAGGCAGAAAUGUGCUAGUUUUGUUUUACAAUUCUUAUUCAAUCUUGCUUCUAGCUUGUAAAGAUUGUCAUAAUAUAAUAAAUUUAUUGACACAAGCUUCAAAAGUGGUUGAUAGAAACACUGGGUAUUUUGCAAUUUGUAAUGCCGAAAAGAAUCCUGCCAUAACAGAGAAACUUACAAUAUACAAAUUCCCCUUACUCAAGUAUUUUAAAAAUGGGCAUUAUGUCAUGGAUUUUCAAGAAGAAAUUAAACUGGAAAACCUGAUUGCAUUCAUGAACACAAUGAAACCCAAGAUUUUUUCAGCAAAGCUGACACAUUCUGAGAAGAAAUCCCUUUGGCGCGGAAUAGACGGAGCCGAUCAUAUUGUACAUAUCACUAAUGAAACUUUGGUACAAAGUCUUCAGAAAUAUCCAUCACUAUUGAUCUUCUUUUAUGCGUGCUGGAGUAGAUCGUGUAUAAACUUAAAACACGUUUACGCCAAUGCUGCAAAAAAAUUAGACCCAAAAUACGGACGGUUAGCCGCUUGUGAUGCUGAAGACAACAUCGAUGUUGCUGACCAACUUCUUGUAUCGCAUUUCCCUACAUUUAAAUAUUUCCGAAAUGGUCAUUAUUUGACUGACUAUAAAGGGGAAAGAUCCGAAGAAAGCUUGUUGAAAUUUAUGCAGGAGCCGGGCAAACUCGGCUAUGUGAAAGUGGAAAACAAAAUCAAGCCUAGUUACUCUGUGUUAUCUUUAACCGGGAACAUUCCACCAUACUGGAUUGAUGUCCUUGGAGCCGAAUCAUUAAUAUUUUUAACAGAUUACAAUUUUAAAUCUGUCUUGCAGUCCUAUAGAACAGUGUUGGUCAUGUUUUAUGUCCCAUGGUGUAAAGCUUGCUCUUUAAUGAAGAAAGAAUAUGGUAAAGCAGCUUUUUCACUUCCAGCAGAGUGGAAUGUUGCAAUCGCAGCUUGUGACGCCGAAGAGAACAACUAUGUCGCAGAUAAAUUUUUGGUCACUAAACUUCCGACAAUGAAAAUUUUUAAAAACGGAGAGUAUGUCGAAGAUUAUUUAGGAAGGCGUAAGGAGCAAGAUAUGCUAAGAUUUGUCAAAGAAGUAUCAAUGAGAAACUCCAACAUUAAACCUACGUAUAAUGUUACAAACUAUACUGCUGUAGUACCUAAUAUGGGAACAAUGCUUGUUUUUUGGAAUGACGUCGAAGGUGGAACUGAUGUGGUGCUUAUGAAUGAAAAUAAUUUCAAUAUGUUUCUCGAUCAAGAGAAACCUUUAUUAAUUAUGUUUUACAAUCCUGAUGGUGAUCAUAUGGAUUCUGUGAGAAGAGAAUUUGGACUGGCGGCUAAAAAUCUUCCUAAAGAAAUAGGUCUUUUAGGUGCAUACGAAUACAAAGAAAGUGAUCCAAUUUGUAAUUUUUACGACGUGUACUACCAGGAUCUUCCCACUUUCAAACACUUUCAUCGAGGGAAAUUUGUAUCUAAUUACACGGGGAUAAGGUCAGCCGAUUCAUUUUUGAAGUUCAUGGGCACCGCUGGUGUUGCUGUUUCUAAUAUCCAAACAAAAUAAAUUGUUCAACGAUGAUAAA